AUGGAGGACGGCGAGGGAGCUGCCGAGCUGCUGGGCGCCUUGUGCCGCUGCCGGGAGCUGGAGGACGUCGGCUUGUGCUAUUGCGAGAAGAUCCCGGAGUCGGCUUGGGCGGCUCUUGGGGAGGGCAUGUGGCCGGUUUUGAGGACCUCGCGCGGCAUCCCUGAAAAACAUCUGAGCCGAGUGCGGGGAGGUCACCUGCCGAGCGCAGGACCGUCAUCCUCCGCUUCUGUUGCUGUUUGGUUGAGCGAGGAAGUGCUCCGUGCGGCUUUCUCGAGAAACAUUCCUUGCCGAUACCGUGGCUUAGCCUGUUGA